AUGAAGUUCCUUUCACUAGUCGCUGUUACUGCGUUCUUUGCAACCAUCCAGGGGGCUCCUGUCGAGCCUGCCGAGUCAACGGCAUCCAACACCUGGGUUCCACUGGAUGUCCUCCCGGAACUUCCUCCUGGAGUUACCUUCGAAACCACCGUUGAUAAAAGGGAUGAGCUUGCCAAACGCUCCGACCUUAAACUGACAGUCUACCAAGAUAACAGAUUUGGUGGAAGACGCGAGGAUUUAGCCACGGAUGUUCAAAAAUGCUAUGAACUCGGCAAUCACUGGAGUGAUGUAAUCACCUCCCUUAAGGUUCCCAAGGGAUACGGAUGCAGCUUCUACACUGAUGGCCGAUGCACGGGAGACACAUUUAACGUUGCUGGACCGGACGCCGUACCACAUGUUAAACACUUUGGAAAACAAUUCAACGACAAGAUUUCGAGCUACCUUUGCUACAGACGCUAG